UUUCACAUCAACGUUUUAUCCAUUCUUUCUUUGUUUUCUUCAACAGAAACAAAGUUCAGUUUUAGAGGAAAAAAUGGCAGCCAGUAGUCUUAGCAUUAAGGACCGUUUGGAGGAAUCCAUUUUGGCUCGUCCAGAUGAAAUUUCGGCACUCAAGUCAAGGGUUGAAACUGAAGGGAAAGGGGUCAUGAAACCACUUGAUCUCUUGAACCAUUUGAUUUCUGUGAAUACUAAGAAGAAUGGAGUAAAUGUUGGUGCCAGUGCACUCGUGGAAGUUCUCAGUUGCAGCCAAGAAGCUGUGAUUGUACCACCACAACUUGCACUAGCUGUACGUCCAAGGCCCGGUGUGUGGGAGUAUGUGUCACUGAAUCUUAAGACAAAGAAAGUGGCUGAAUUGAGCAUCCCCAAAUAUCUUCAAUUGAAAGAGAACGCUGUCGAUGAAAGUGGAAACGUCUUGGAAAUGGAUUUUGAGCCAUUUACUACUGUAACUCCUCCAAAGACACUUUCUGACUCCAUUGGUAAUGGUUUGGAGUUUCUUAAUCGCCAUAUUGCUUCAACAAUGUUCAAUGACAAGGAGAUUGCCAAGUGCCUCCUUGACUUUCUCAGACAGCAUAACUACAAAGGAAAGUCAUUGAUGGUGAAAGAAAGCAUCCAAAGCCUGGAAAGUUUCCAAUAUGUCCUGAAAAAAGCAGAGGAAUAUCUGCACACUCUGAAUCCAGAAACUCCAUACUCCAACUUUGAAUCGAAAUUUGAAGAGAUUGGCUUGGAAAGAGGGUGGGGAAACACUGCUCAACGCGUGCAAGAAACAAUCUGUCAUUUGUUGCACCUCCUUGAGGCUCCUAAUGCAUCUUCCUUGGAAAAUUUCCUUGGAAGAAUCCCAUUGGUUUUCAAUGUUGUCAUUCUCACCCCUCAUGGUUAUUUCGCUCAAGAAAACGUCCUUGGUUAUCCUGACACUGGUGGCCAGGUUGUGUACAUUCUUGAUCAAGUUCCAGCCAUGGAGCGUGAGAUGCUUCUCCGUUUGAAGCUUCAAGGACUUGAUGAUAUCCUCCCCCGGAUCCUUGUUGUAACCAGGCUGCUGCCUGAUGCAGUUGGAACCACUUGUGGUGAGCGCAUGGAGAAAGUAUAUGGGGCAGAGCAUUCUCAUAUUAUUCGUGUUCCAUUUAGAACUGAGAAAGGAAUGUUGCGCAAAUGGAUCUCAAGAUUUGAAGUCUGGCCAUACAUGGAAACUUUCACUGAGGAUGUCGCGGAAGAACUUGUCAAAGAGCUGCAAGCUAAACCAGACUUGAUCAUUGGAAACUACAGUGAGGGAAACCUUGCUGCCUCCUUGUUGGCUAAGAAAUUUGGGGCUACUCAAUGCACAAUAGCUCAUGCCUUGGAGAAAACCAAGUAUCCAAACUCUGACCUUUACUGGAAGAAAUUUGAUGACAAGUAUCAUUUCUCAAGUCAGUUCAGUGCUGAUCUUUUUGCGAUGAAUCACACUGAUUUCAUCAUCACCAGCACUUUCCAAGAAAUCGCUGGAAGCAAGAAUACUGUAGGGCAGUAUGAGAGCCACACUGCUUUUACCAUGCCUGGAUUGUACCGAGUAGUCCAUGGAAUUGAUUCAUUUGAUCCAAAGUUCAACAUUGUCUCCCCUGGGGCUGAUAUGUCAAUCUACUUCCCUCACACAGAGAAGGAAAAAAGGCUAACCAAUUUCCACCCGGAAAUUGAAGAACUACUCUACAGUCCUGUUGAGAACAAAGAGCACCUAUGUGUGUUGAAGGACCGGAACAAGCCAAUUCUCUUCACCAUGGCAAGGCUAGAUCGCGUGAAGAAUCUAACAGGGCUCGUUGAAUGGUAUGCCAAGAAUGCAAGGCUGAGAGAGCUUGUUAACCUUGUGGUUGUUGGUGGAGACAGAAGGAAAGAAUCCAAGGAUUUGGAAGAGCAAGCAGAGAUGAAGAAAAUGUAUGACCUUAUUGAAACCUACAACCUGAAUGGACAAUUCAGGUGGAUUUCUUCUCAGAUGAAUCGUAUAAGGAACGGAGAGCUUUACCGAUAUAUUGCAGACACGAGGGGUGCUUUCGUUCAGCCAGCUUUCUACGAGGCUUUCGGUUUGACAGUUGUUGAAUCCAUGACUUGUGGUUUGCCAACUUUUGCUACUUGUAAUGGUGGACCAUUUGAGAUUAUAGUGCAUGGAAAAUCUGGAUUCCACAUUGACCCUAAUCAGGGUGACAAGAAUGCUGAUCUUUUGGUCAAUUUCUUUGAGAAAUCCAAAGAAGAUCCAAGUUAUUGGGAUAACAUUUCCAAGGGAGGCCUACAACGUAUCAUUGAGAAGUAUACAUGGCAAAUUUAUUCACAGAAAGUGAUGACAUUAUCUGGGAUUUAUGGAUUCUGGAAGUAUGCAACCACAAAUGACAAAGUUGCUAGUGCAAAGAAGCGCUAUCUCGAAAUGUUUUAUGAACUUAUGUUUAAGAAAGCUGCUGAGAAAGUUCCACUGGCUAUUGAUGAAUAGAGGCAUCACCAAGAAGAUGGAGUACACAAUGAAGAAGAGACUGCUGUUUUUGAUUUUUUUUUUUUUUAAUAAAUCUUUUUUCUUUCUGAAUGCAAUUCCUUCCUUUAAUGCCCUUUGAAUGGAGGGUUUUAUCUUUCAAUGUUCAGUUUGAAUUUUUGGGAAAACAAUAUUGCAAUUUGUGUCUGUUUUGAUUAAUGAAAAUCCCAUUUUCUGCACUA